CUCUUCUCUUCUCUAAUCAAGAACCCAUCUUCAACUACCAUUUCUCUCUCUCUCUCUCUCUCUCUCUCUCUCUCUCUCUUCAUAACUAUGGGAAAUGCUAUAUCUCCAUGUUUUCAGCAAAGUUCAAGAUCUUCUGUAAAGCUAAUUUUCUUUGAAGGAACAACAAGAAUCCUGACAGGAAGACAUAUAGCAGGAGAGAUCAUGUUUGAAAAUCCUGACAAGAUGGUUUGCCAUGCAGACUCUUUCUUCAUUGGUCAUCCUCUUCCUGCUUUAGCCAUUGAUGAUGAACUACUUCCAGGCGAAACCUACUUCAUUUUACCUAUUGAUCGCUUUUCUUGUAAUGUUCUAACUGCUGCUUCUCUUUCAGCUUUAACUUGUAGUCCUAGACCAGCACCUAUCAAUUUUGGUGAGUGUCCUUUUCAAUACAUAAAGGGUGAAAAUGGUAGGGUUUUGAUUAAAGUUGUGCCUGGAUUUAUAACAAGGCUGAUAAAUAGAGGUAAAGAGGAUAGUUCUACUACUAGCCCUAGCAGUAAAAGUUUUCUUUGCAGCACUCCUGAAUUGAAGAAGCAUUAUGAUCAGCUUGUUGGGUCUAAAGAUCAAACAUGGUCACCAAAACUUGAGACCAUUUCUGAGUACAAAUUUAGAUAUUCUCCUUGUAGAAUUUUAGGGUUGGAGUGGAAACAAAAGGCGUAUUGAUAUAUGUAUAAUUUGUAUUUUUUUUCUUCAAAUAAUUUAAGGUACUUUUAGUUCAUAAUUUUUACUAAAAAAAGGAGGGGAAGUAGAUAAGAUGUCAGUUGUUAAUUUGUAUUAUGUUCUUUAUCCCUUUAAUAUGUUCAUCAAUUUGUACAAAGUUUGAUUUUAGUACUCAACUGUUGAGAAAUUGCCCAUGUUUAAUAUGAA